AUGCCUCCCCAGCAUGUCGAGAUCGCAGAGACAAUCGCAGCGCUUAAACGAGCUGUGCGACGCGAAAAAGAAGCUCCUACCGACCAAGCCAUUUCUGCUGCUACAAACAGAGGCCACAAAUUAGCCCGCGGAGCCAUUUACGUGCAUGCGGGCGCUCUGCCUUAUGCCCAUGGUCCAGAAGGCCAUAAACAAAAAAUCGAACAUGCUGGCUACACGCGCUACAUCCUCCAACGCAACCCGAUACGCAUCAACGAAGACGGCGAUGAACUAGACGACGAUGAAAGUGACGCAGAGGCAGAUGCUGAUGCCGGGGAGGAGAACCCUUAUGCUGGGGUCCGUCUCGAAGAACUUCUGUGCCCGCUGAAGCAUCCCUCCGAGCUCGCGACCCACCCUACUUUGUCCCUACCCUUUCUCGAUCCUGCCCUUCCAGAUAUGGUCAGAUCAACCGAAGACAAGCUGCGUCAAGAAAGGGUAAAUUUAUGGCGAGCCAAAAACCUAAGCAGACAAUUUAUGGGAGACGAGUCUUGGAUACCUCUGGAAAGCACCGAAGGUGCUGACGACUGGGACUUGUUCGAGCCCAAACCUAGGAAUCCUGCACAGCAAGCGGGCAAGAAGCGAAAACGAGACCAUGAGAAUGAGAUCUCACGAAACGGCAUCAAUGGUCAUGACUACGCGAAGCCCGACCAAAAGGAGGACCCAGCGCGUCCUGUGCCUAUGGACUCAGACGCAGGCAUUGGAGAAAACGCCAGCGAGCAUGUUGAAAAGGCAAGCGAGGCAGGGACAAAUCAACCGGCUCAGGAGGAGCAUGAACCCGUUGACAAGGAAUCCACUACGAAUGGCGUACACAAAGAUGGGGAGACAGUCCUUCCGGAGAGCAAGACCAAAAUUCCGCAGAGCGAUAAGGAUGAUCCUGGAGAAACACGCGAAGCACCGAUGGCAAUAGAAGCGGACGGCGCAGGACAAGAGCAAGGAGGUGAAGCGGCAUCCGAGGACGAGACUCAACCCCAACCGACAAGAAGGAUAACCAGAGCCCUGGCUGCCGAGACCAACAAUUCGAACACAGCAACCCCUCCUCUAUCACCCCACUCGACCACCUCUGUCGAUUCCUAUCUCUUACAUCCCGAUCCGUUAUUCCUCCUACCUCCGAUACUGGCAGCGAACCAUCGCGCCCCACGCAACCUCCUCCGCCUAGGCAUCCCCGUCGACGAGCUGAUGGAGACUCGCCGCCUGCUGAUGAUGUACAUUCAAAAACAGGAGGAAAGCGUACGUGGUUACGAAGCCGUGCUGGCCAAACUCAUCAAAGCGAAGAGAAUGCGCGACAAAGUGUGGCAGUGGGCCAAAACCGAGGGCCAUGUAGGCGAGCUGUCGGAUGGGGAGGAUUGGAUCGACGCCGAGGCGUGGGGGCUGCAGCUCGAGGACUUGAAGAAGGGCACGGACGAGGAGAAUAAUGAGGUGCAGGAGGAUACUGGGAGAAAGGGCAAGAGGAGACGGCGAGAUUAG